AUGACAACUAGAACAGUUAAUCACUUCAAGACUUUGAGGGAAAUCUUAGAUUAUAACGAUAGACUAACGCACAACCUGUAUACCGAUGAAGAAACCUUGGCAACCCAUGCACCCCACUAUAGAAUUAAGGAAGCAACCCUCUUUUCGGUGAUUAACUGGAAUGAGAUCAUGACCAAUAGGAAGUUAAUUGUUAUUCUGAUAACAAUGAUUUUGGCAACAUUGGGCCAGCUAGCCUUCAGCUAUGUCGCAAUUGGUUUGGUCAAUGUGCAACAGGAUAUCUCCCUUUUUUACGUAUCCCAAGGUUUGAACCUACUUUUUUCUUAUGUAUUGCCUAUGACAAUGCUUACCGAAAUUGAUGUCGUUAGGGAAAAUCCCCUUGAAAAGCUAUCAACAGAAAUUCAAAUAUAUAGACGUUUGAGAGUAACUGCUGUAAUUCAAUUUUUGUGUACAGUCAUAUCGGGUAUCACCUUGAACGUAAUGAUUACCGGUGGCCCAUACACGAGAGAACGAUUUGGGAUAGGUGAUGGUCCAACAGUUACUGAAGAUGUCACUGGUUUUGUACGUUUGAUUCAAUUCAUCUCGUUUCAGAUCUCGUUGGUUGUUCUGAUCUUAACAUUUGUCAAUUUAUACAUGACAGAUCGCAAAAUCAGAUGCUGUUUUAAUCGAGUUGAGAGGAUGCAGAACACAUCUGAUAUGGAAGUAAUGUUUAAUGAUACUAUACUCCAGCGUAGGUAUAAUCCGGAGUACUUCUAA